UGUAUGACAAAUAAAUAGUUAUCGGUGGUUCUCGGAUAGCAACAAAUGCCUUACUGUAAAGGAAAUCAAAAUGCUGUCUGAAAUCCGAUAAUAAUAAUAAUAAUAAUUAUAUUACAUAUUACAAAGAAUUUGUGAAUAGAGAAAGUAGAGGCAGCGGAAUCCUUCUGCACCUAAUCCUCUUCUCCAAUUUCCUUCCAAUCUUCUCUCUAAUUUUAGUUUUGAUGGCGGGGGAAGCGGGGAAGGGAGGGUCGACAAGAACCCUUGAGUACACACCAACAUGGGCAGUGGCCGGCGUCUGCGCAGUCAUCAUACUCGUCUCGAUUGCCCUCGAGAAGGUUCUCCACAAAGUCGGAACGUGGUUAACGGACAGGCACAAGAAAGCUCUUUACGAGGCGCUGGAAAAGGUGAAAGCAGAGUUGAUGAUUCUUGGCUUCAUCUCGCUCAUCCUCGUCUUCAGUCAAUAUUACAUUGCAGAGAUUUGCAUACCCACCCAUGUUGCCGAUACAAUGUUACCAUGUCGGCCCAAGGGGGAGGAUGAAGGCAAAGUGAAGGAAGAAAAUCAUCGGAGGCUUCUGUUGUACGAGCGCAGAAUUUUGGCCGGAAAAGAGUCGAGUUGCAAGGAGGGCCGAGUAGCACUCAUUUCGGUGGACGGGUUGCACCAGAUACAUAUCCUUAUAUUUUUCUUGGCUGUUUUCCACGUGAUAUACAGUGCCAUUACGAUGGCUCUCGGAAGACUUAAGAUCCGUGGCUGGAAACAUUGGGAGAACGAGACAUCAACCCAUGACUAUGAGUUUUCGAAUGAUCCUUCGAGAUUCAGGCUUAGUCACGAGACAUCUUUUGUAAGAGCUCACACCAGCUUUUGGACCCGGAUUCCGUUGUUCUUUUACAUUGGAUGCUUUUUCCGUCAAUUUUUUAGGUCUGUUAGCAAAUCUGAUUACUUGACCUUACGCAAUGGUUUCAUCGCCGUUCAUUUAGCACCCGGAAGCAAGUUUAAUUUCCAAAAGUACAUCAAAAGGUCGCUCGAAGAUGAUUUCAAAACAGUUGUGGGAGUUAGUCCGGUGUUGUGGGGAUCAUUCGUUGUCUUCUUGCUUCUAAAUGUUAAUGGUUGGCAGGCGCUGUUUUGGGCAUCCUUAAUCCCAUUAAUUAUAAUAUUAGCUGUUGGCACGAAGCUUCAGGCUGUACUGACCAAGAUGGCGCUCGAAAUAACAGAGAGACAUGCGGUUGUCCAAGGCAUACCGCUUGUGCAAGUCUCCGAUAAAUUUUUUUGGUUUGGUCGACCCCGUUUGGUUCUGCAUCUCAUACAUUUUGCAUUGUUUCAGAAUGCUUUCCAAGUGACGUAUUUCUUGUGGAUUUGGUACGAAUAUGGUAUCCGGUCGUGCUUCCACGAAAAUAUUGGUCUUGUGAUCGCGAAGAUUUGUUUAGGAGUUGGAGUUCUAUUCUUGUGCAGCUACAUUACACUUCCUCUCUACGCCCUUAUAACUCAGAUGGGUUCGCACAUGAAAAAAUCGAUUUUUGACGAGCAAACAUCGAAGGCCCUCAAGAAAUGGCACAUGGCCGUGAAGAAAAAGGCGCGGGGAGGAAGUACACCGACCCGCACCCUGGGCGGGGGCGGCGCUAGUCCCACAUCUUCAAUGGGGUCGCCUUUCCAUCCGACGACGGCAGCUGCCCUCCACCGGUUCAAAACCACCGGGCAUUCAGCGCGUUAUGAGGAGCAUGAUGGGUCUGAUCUCGAAGAUCCGGCGACCCCUCCGGCGCCAACUGCUAGCUUAAUCAUUCGGACAAGGCGCAGCGAAGAAGUCGAGGAUCACGUCGAUUCCGGAAGCGAAACAGAGAUAGAGAUAGAACACAAGGGCCAGCAAAGUAGUAGGAACGAAGAUGAUUUCUCUUUCGUAAAACCUGCUCCAACUCACAAGUGAUCUUUAUUCAUAGUUCACGUCAAUUGUUUUAGCAGACUUACGACGAUCUGAUUUUUUUUGUAAUUUUUUGUUCAUUUGCUUGCUUGUAUGUAAAGGGAGGUUGCUUAUCAAUUCUGUAAAUUUCAAUAAUAAUUUGGGUUGUGUAUUA